AUGAAUGCUGUUAGAUCAGCUGGAUAUCGUAGUCAUGAUGCACAUGACAAACUAUCUCGAAAUGAGAAUCAGUCGACUGUAGCUCGUACUUCUCGACCAAAAUCAACUAUAACAGAAUUAAUGCAAACAACAAAAUUUCAAAAAGAUGAACUACGUCAUUUAUAUCGAAGUUUUAAACAAGAGUGUCCAUCGGGAACCGUGACUAGAGAAAAGUUUAUAAAUAUAUUCUCAAAUAUAUUUCCGAAUGGAGCAUCCUACAGAUAUGUAUCAUUUUUAUUUCAAAAUAUUGAUCGACAAAACACUGGUAUUAUUACUUUUGAAGAAUUUGUUAUCACCCUUUCUCUACUUAUUCAUGGUACUAUUGAAGAUAGACUUAGUUGGGAAUUAGCUGAAUUAAUAGCGUCCGUGUUUAAUCUCAUUGUUCCUGGUCGGAAGUUGAACAUAGUUUAUGUUUCAAAUAGUAUCGAACAACGUACAAAUGAAUUAUUUGAAAAAUGGGAUGUUAGUCAAAAUGGUUUGAUAUCGUUAAAUGAUUUUUUAACCGUCUGUUUGCAGGAUGAGGCGGUUAUAAAAUCAAUGAACUCUCUUAAUAGUGAUAUUUUUUUAUAG